CGGACCGAAUCCCCCAGCUGCAGUUCCUGCCUUUCCCUUCCCCUCCCACAUCGCGAACCCUGCACGCUACGGCGACCGCGCCGCGUGAGAUCCCGAACCCCGACCGACCGGCCGCCCCGCCGUCGCGCAUGCGCUCGCCGUGACCGGAUCUCGCGCCAUGGCCAUCGCGGAGGCGUCCCCCUUCGCGGACCUGCCCUUCCCCGACGACCUGCCGGAGUUCCCGCACGGCCCCGUCGGGGACGACGACGCCUUCGCCCUGGACGGCUUCGAUCUCGACGAUCUGGACAUCGACUUCGACUUCGACCUCGACCUCGACCUCCUCCCCACCGACGACGUGCGGCUCCCGUCGCCGCCGCCGCCGCUCGCCACGUCCUCCUCCUCGGCCGGGUCGCCGGGCGGGGCAGGGGACUCCUCCUCCGGCUCCGGUGGCGGAGCGGACGGCGGCCUGAAGAACGACGAGUCCUCGGAGACGUCUUCGAGGAGCGCGAGCGCUGGGAGCGACGGCAAGGCUAAGGAGGGGGAGGGUGAGGACGACAAGCGGCGGGCGCGGCUGGUGCGGAACCGGGAGAGCGCGCACCUGUCGCGGCAGAGGAAGAAGCAGUACGUGGAGGAGCUGGAGGGGAAGGUCAAGGCCAUGCAGGCCACCAUCGCCGACCUCUCCACCAGGAUCUCCUGCGUCACUGCUGAGAACGCCGCUCUCAAGCAGCAACUGGCCGGUGCUGGUGGAGCAGGCGUCCCGCCGCCGCUGCCGAUGUACCCGGGAUUGUACCCUUUGCCGCUGCCAUGGAUGCACCCGGCUUAUGCGAUGGGAGCGCGCGGCUCCCAAGUGCCGCUCAUGCCGAUACCUCGGCUGAAAACCAAGCAGCCUGCGUCGGCUGCCGCAGAGCCACCGGCCAAGAAGUCUAGGAAGACCAAGAAGGUUGCCAGUGUUAGCCUCCUUGGAUUGCUGUUCCUGACGAUGCUCUGUGGGUGUUUGGUUCCUGCGGUAAAUCGGAUGUAUGGAGCAGUUGAUUCCCGAGAAGGAAUUGUGCUUGGUCCAUCACAAUCACGUCAUGGGAGGGUUCUGGCUGUUGACGGGCCUCGAGAUGGUGUCCCGGAAGGUGUUGAUUCGAAGUUGCCACAUAAUUCAAGUGAGACGCUCCCGGCCUUGUUGUAUAUUCCAAGGAAUGGGAAGCAUGUCAAGAUCAAUGGAAAUCUUGUUAUCCAGUCUGUUGUUGCGAGUGAGAAAGCUUCUUCGCGCAUGUGUCACUCUGAUGGGAAGACUUCAUGUAACCAAGGACAAGAAGAUACUAGUUUGGCAAUUCCUGGCCAUGUUGCUCAGUUGAAUUCUGGAGAAGUCAUGGAAUCUGCUAAAGCAAUAAAAAAUAAACUGAUGGCUUUACCUCCUGGAGAUGGAAGCAUAUACAGAGACGAUGAUGAAUUACUGCCACAAUGGUUUAGUGAAGCAAUGUCAGGUCCUAUGUUGAGUUCCGGAAUGUGCACC